AGGUCUUAAAGGGGCCGCAGCCAUUUUUAAGCCCUCCUUUUUUUCCCACUCCGUCUCUCUUCUAAAUUGGCAACGACUCGAGCAGUCGAGUGGGCUCCCGGAAGCCGAGCACAGCUGGAGCAGCCGAGACCCCUGCUGGCCGGGGCUUCGGCUGGGGGCGGGGGGCUGCGCAUCGCCGGGGCGGGGUGCGCGCGCUCCCUGCGCCCCGCGCACAGCUGGCUCGGCCCCUGCUCCCGCAGCCUGCGGGCUGGAACAGCUGGGGCCCGGCCGGGGCCGCGGGCUCCAGCGCGCGGUUGGCGGCGCCGGGACAGCGUUGGCACCGCCAGAGCCCGCCCUGGGCGGCGAGGGAGCCGGCGCGAUGCCGGGCGAAAAUAUCUUCCUGUUCGUGCCUAACCUCAUCGGUUACGCCCGGAUUGUCUUCGCCAUCGUCGCCUUCUACUUCAUGCCCAGCUGCCCCCUCACGGCCUCCUCCUUCUACCUGCUCAGCGGGCUCCUGGACGCUUUCGAUGGACACGCGGCUCGAGCGCUCAAUCAAGGAACCCGGUUUGGAGCCAUGUUGGACAUGCUGACCGACCGCUGUGCCACCAUGUGCCUGCUGGUCAACUUGGCCCUGCUGUACCCUCGCGCCACCCUCCUCUUCCAGCUCAGCAUGAGCCUGGACGUGGCCAGUCACUGGCUGCACCUCCACAGUUCCGUGGUCCGAGGCAGUGAGAGCCACAAGAUGAUCGACCUGUCUGGGAAUCCAGUGCUCCGUAUCUACUACACGUCCAGGCCUGCCCUGUUCACCCUGUGUGCCGGCAACGAACUCUUCUACUGCCUCCUCUACCUGUUCAAUUUCUCCGAGGGACCAUUAGUCGGCUCCGUGGGGCUCUUCCGCGUGGGCCUUUGGGUCACUGCCCCCAUCGCCCUGCUCAAGUCCCUCAUCAGCAUCAUCCACCUGGUCACGGCCGCCCGCAACAUGGCUGCCCUGGACGCCGCAGACCGAGCCAAGAAGAAGUGACCCUGGAGCCCCGAGUCCCACCCCUUCCCCGGCGGGCCGGCCGCCCUCCUGCCCUGGGCGUCACAUCGUGCCAUGCGGCCACCCCUCCCUCCGAGAGGCCCGGUGUCGCGUCGUCCUCGUGUGUCGUCCAGCCUGCUGGGAUGCGGUCAGCUUCCCUUUGGUGAUGUCACAGGCCCACCCCUGGGCUUCGAAUCAGGAGGCCCCUCUGCCCGUUCAGCCAGCGACUAGCACUGCCUACCUGCUGGCCCGGCCCUGGGGACCUGGCUGAGGUCUUAGGGAGCGUGGAGUGAGAGGAGUGGUGGAGGCGCCGGGUUUCCCAGUAGGCACAGGAGUCACAGCUCUGCCCUUGGCCUGGGGAAGCCUUGGGGCUCCGCCCCCACCGGUCGUCAGGUCCCCCGUGCCGUCCGCCCUGGCUCUGGAAGCCUUAGCAGUAAAGGUGGGAGUUCCACCAGAAUGGUGGACAUGGUUUCCUUUGAGGCCUCCGUGGGUCCUGGGGAACUUGGACGGAUUUGGAGGUACUUCCCCCGGCUGUGGGCUGGCCGCUUCCGGCCCCAGAUGCCGGCCGUGGCCCCUGUGCCCUCCGGCUGGGUGUUCUUGGCCGUCCAUGUGUAUCCACACUCUUGGUGUUUUCUGCCCCCACCAGGGCGCAGCCUUUCCACGAUGCCGUCUCUGUCUAGAAUGAAGACUCUUAGCCUGGCAUAUAAUAGCUGCUUAAUAAAUAUUUGUGAUUAGAA